AUGGGUCCUUCAUGGCUUGUUCGCCUGUCUCUCCUGAGCCUGUCCCUAGUUCACCCGUCCGUGUCAAAAGACGAAUGUCAACCUUCGACCUGGAAGCUCAGUUCUGCCUUGAGCGCAGGCGAUAUUAAUUGUCGUAUGAGCCAGGUCGCAGGACCCAAGGCUGAUGCCAACACAUGUGCCUCCAUGGUCAAGAAAUGGGACAUUACGAUUGAGAAGUUCUACGACUUGAACCCCAGACUCAAUGGUGAUUGCAAAAACAUUUUACCUAACAUAAGAUACUGUGUGGACGGAUUCCCCGAACCACUUCGGGCCUAUGAUGGUCGAUGUGGUCCCGACCAUAACAACGCGACUUGCGUCGGCACAGAUAACCAGUGUUGUAACAAGAACACCUGGGUUUGCGGUGACACGGACCAAUUGGAAAUUGUUUCUUCAUUGUGA